CGCAAAUCUCGCGAGAGUACAGGGAAAGGUCAAAGUUGACUAGCCAUGUGCAGAUUCUUCAAACAGUAGCUGCUGAAAUAUUACUGUCGGCUGAGUAUGCGUAUUGUGCUUGUUUUCCCUCGAACAGUUAUAUUACAUUAAUUACAUGUAGAUCGUUUUUUGUGCAGCCACUCUCUUUCUGAUGUUGGGAUAAAACCCGGCGUGUUAGUUAGCUGUUGCUCUUUGCGGGAACUUGUUCAGCUUCGUUGAUGGAUUAGGUCGCUCGUCAUGUCCCCUGGUCCCAUUUUUGAUUGUUUAGCUUGACAUGCUUAAAGUCCGAAUACUGUUCAGUGCCUUGAUUGACUGCAGACAGACUCUAGACCGGAACGGUGCUCUUUUUAAGUUUAUGUGCACAAUGAGUGAAGCUCCUACAGACCAGCAGACAGCUAAGCUGCUGAAAAGGACCAACGAGCAGAGUGGAGAGUCUGCAGAAGGAGACAACAAAAGACUUAAAGUUGAUCAAGAACAAACAGAAAAUGAAAGGAAAUAUCCAAAGAAAAAAGUGGCUUUACUCCUUGCUUACUCUGGGAAGGGAUAUUACGGGAUGCAGAGAAACCCUGGAAACUCCCAGUUCAGGACCAUCGAAGAUGACCUGGUUUCUGCUCUCGUCAAAUCUGGUUGCAUUCCUGGUAACCAUGGUGAUGAGAUGAAGAAAAUGUCCUUUCAGAGAUGUGCCAGGACAGACAAGGGCGUGUCUGCUGCGGGACAAGUGGUUUCCCUUAAAUUGUGGCUGAUUGAAGACAUUGUUGAAAAAAUUAAUGAACAUUUGCCACCACAGAUCAGGGUACUUGGGCUUAAACGUGUGACCCAGGGUUUCAACUCCAAAAACAACUGUGAUGCUCGAACCUACUCCUAUAUGCUUCCGACUGUGGCCUUUUCUCCGAAGGACUACGACGCAGGAAAUGUGUCAUCCUUUCGCCUGGAAACAGAGACUCUUCAGAGGGUGAACCGGCUUUUUUCCCUUUACAAAGGCACUCAUAACUUCCACAACUUCACCUCCCAGAAAGCUCCAAACGACCCGAGUGCCCGCCGCUACAUCACCGAGAUGUCCUGCGGAGAACCUUUCAUCCGCAACGACCACGAGUUUGCUGUGAUAAAUGUGCGAGGUCAGAGCUUCAUGCUGCACCAAAUCCGGAAGAUGAUCGGCUUGGUGAUUGCAGUGAUCAAGGGCUAUGCGCAGGAGAAGGUGAUAGAGAGGAGCUGGAAGGAGGAAAAGGUAGAUGUCCCGAAAGCUCCAGGACUCGGUCUGGUUCUUGAAAUGGUUCACUUUGACCGUUACAACAAGCGCUUCGGAGGGGACGGCUUACACGAGCGUCUGGAGUGGGAUCACGAGGCGGACGCGAUCAAAGCCUUUAAGGAAGCUUAUAUCUACCCCACAAUUGUUGAGACCGAGAUUGAGGAGGGCUCCAUGGUCAGCUGGAUGUCCACACUCCCAAUCCAUGACUUCGAAGCCACAGCUGCCGAAACACGCAACAGUAAUGAUCAAAAACAGCUCAUUGAAGAGGAGGGAAACAACUCUGAUUAGGACAGAAAAGAAACAAAAACUCAACAAAUAAUUUUUUUCCUGUUUUGUUUAUAUUUUAUUUUGUGUGAAUAAAACGUAUUCAUUUUUUAUAGUUAUGAGAGAAAAAGAAUCAGAUUUUGGUUGUGUAUUGAAUUGAGAUUAAGAAAGGAAACAAAAUAAAAAAAAAUGUU